AUAUGAAAACAACAUUUGAACAUUAGACCUUAGUAAGACCUAUAAGACCUCCCGUAGGUGAUAGGUCCAUCAUACUGUUAGUUUUAACGUUCUGCAAUACACUUCACAAUAUUACAAUUAAAAUGAUUAAAACUAAAACUCAGACAUUUCUUUUAAAACUUGGUUUAAUAUUUUUGUACUUGAAUUAUACAAAUGGUUGUGUCAGUAAUAAAAAACUGUAUACUGAAAUUGGAUGUAAACCUAUUUACGGUAAUGAUUCAAAUUCUUGUCCAGUGGCAUAUGAUUGUGAUAAAGUGUUUUCAAGACCAAUUAACAAGUGUUAUCUGAACGGAAAUGUUUACGAGCCAGUUGAUAGUCUUUCUAAAACUGAUUCAGCAUUGAACCCAUGUUUUGCCGCCUGCUUUUGCGAUCAGAGGACAUAUGAUAAUAAGACUACAACUAAAUUUACAUGUGCCAAGGUUGAAUGUCCAUCAUAUUUCACAAGACUAAGAGAUCCAUGUUAUUAUCAAUAUGACAAAGAUUCAUGCUGUGAGGUUAAAAAAUACUGUCCCGAAGAAAAGGCAAUUGGUCAUGAAUGUGUAUAUGACAAUCAGGUUUACAAAAAUGGUCAACGAUUUUAUGUUGGUGAUUAUUUACAAUGUGUUUGCUCACCGGAAUUUAAUGGUACAAUUAGUGAUAAAUCAUGUAGAGAAGUUGGUUGUAGUUAUGAAAUUUUAUACAUGGAAAACAUUUUAUCACGAAGCGCUCCUGUGUAUUUCGAAAAAGUAGAUGGAUGUCCUAUUGAAUGGUUCAAUCCUGAAUAUAAUGCUGCAACUGCUGAUGAAAUAACAUCUACUAGCAAGUCUAAUGAACACAAUUGCAAAUAUGGGGAUUUGAGUAUCUCAGUAGGUCAAAAUAUGACUAUUGGCCAACAAUCUGACUCAGAUACAUAUAAAACAACAUGUUCUUGUAAUAUCCCUCCGUUAGUUACUUGCAUCAAAGUCAGAAAAUAGAUAAUUUAAUAAUAACAAUAUUUUAGAACACGCAUGUAGAUACUAUAUAACUAUUUACAAAGAACGCGCAAAUAUAAAUAAAUGCAAUUAUAAAUACCCAAGUAUAAUCAGGUAUUGUGAACAAUUUGUGUGGGUUUGUGUAGACGUGUCAGUGUGUCAUGUAUAAUUAUAGUAUUAUACAAUUCAAUAAAACUACUUUAUUACAAAUA